GAAAAAAACUUACACCUAGAGAGUUAUUUUUGGAGUUUUUCCACUCCAGUUUGGCGAAUAAUCACGCACCAAUGGCAUAUAAUGAUUAUGUUUUGUAGCGUAUUCUUACUCUCUGCAUUGCAUUAAGGGCGUUUUUGAAAGUUAUUCUUAAACCUGGUACUAUAAUCAUCUCUUUUGUGUUUUAGCAAGUGCUAAUUUUAUCUUCUAAUUUUAUCACGUGUCCUUUUUAUUCUUUCGGGUUAUAAAUUCAUAUCAGUCUCAAAGAUGCAUGGGGUAAUUUUAGCUUAUUUCACAGUGAUAAACAAGGUCAUUGGAAUAUAUUUGUGCUGAACUCCCAUUAGAUGGUAAUAAAAUUGACAGCUAGAGUACUUUUAUCAAAACUGCAUAAAAAUAAACCGCCGUGGAGUAAUUAGGGUAAUUUUUAUACUCCAUUACGGCUGAUAAAUUGACACGACAGAAUAAAACUAUUCUCAUGUAGGUGUGAAAAUUACUUCAUUCGUGAUAUAACUAUCAUGUCCGGACAAUAAUUUUAUAACCAUGGAGUAAUAUUAUGUGGUAGCAUUACUAACAUUAUUCUUCGGGAGUAUUCGGGAGCGUAUUUCAAGCAAUACUGUAUCACUUUCUUGAUAAUCCUAUUCCGUUGUGACGUAACUAAUCUAAAAGUGAUUAAUCUAUUCGUCCAGCACAGUAUUAUUCCAAGAAUAAUAUUUUCGGAAUGUCUCUGCAGUUCGCGACCAUUCGCGACCGCCAUUGUGCUCAAGUCGUCAGAACCAAGGCCUUCUGUCAGAGAACCGAGCAAGCGUCCCAGGCCUCGAAGGUGUGGACUGACUUGGGAAUGAUCAUGGGGCUCGAGGAGGACGUGAAGGAGCAUGUGCUGCACAAAAUCAGACAUACCGCGAAGAAGUAUGCCCAGACGAUGAUAAACGUGGAGCCGGCCGACAAAGACGACGACGAGCUGCUAGCUCUACUUGCCUAUGGUUGUGGAACAACCAUUGGCACCUUGGCGGAUCCGAGAAACGGGGUUCGUCAGGCAGGUGAGGAACUAUCGGUGGACGGUGUGGUGGUCUGCCAACUGCCGGCCACCAGGUUGGAGACCGUGGCCCUAAUGACGGCCGCCCACGCUGUCUUCUACACAAAGUUCACGGGGCCCUGCAGGGCCCUGUUCGAGAUUCUUUAUACGGAGUGUGGGAUUCGAUGUAAACCUAGCUGGCUUAUCACAGAAGGUGUGGGAGGUUACCCAGGUAGUGUAGAACCAGCAUCGGAGAUGCCCACUUCGAAUGACUGGCGACCUGUGGCUCACCUGUGGUUCAAGUGACUCGUGACUUGUGGCUCACCUGUGGCUCAAGUGACUCGCAACGUGUGGCUCACACUACUGGAGCCUCUGUAUUAUGACUAAUUCAGCUGCGGCGGUCUCAGUACGCCAAUGAGUCUCAGUACGUCUUUCAUAGCCCAGAUCACGCCCGUUUUAUAUGCCAUCCGUGGCGGUGGUUCUGUGCGCAGAUGUUAUUCGUUAGCCUCAGUGUUAACCAUACACGCUCGUUUUAUCUGCCAUCCGUGGCGGUGGUUCUGUGCGCAGAUGUUAUUCGUUAGCCUCAGUGUUAACCAUACACGCUCGUUUUAUCUGCCAUCCGUGGCGGUGGUUCUGUACGCAGAUGUUAUUCGUUAGCCUCAGUGUUAACCAUACACGCUCGUUUUAUCUGCCAUCCGUGGCGGUGGUUCUGUGCGCAGAUGUUAUUCGUUAGCCUCAGUGUUAACCAUAACGCCAUUGUGAGUUGUGACAUUGAACGUCCUUCCAGUGAUUUCGCAUUGCGGCCGGCAGAGACGAAGUUUUGCCUCCCAGUUGAGACGCCGCUUCUCAACUAGGAAGCAAAAUUACGUCCCUGUCGGCCGCUUAAUGCGCCAUCACUGGAAGUGCGUCCAAAUUAAGAUGUACAGCCCUCUGCAAACUGCGUGGUAGGUAUUCUUUUUUCGACAAAAAUGAGAAUAACGCGAAUACUAUGCUAUCGGUCAUUCGGAAAUCGUAACAGCGAGACGCGCUAGACUCCGCCCCUUAGAUUGGCAUCAUCACCGUAUCCAUUUUUCAUCUAGUUCGGCAACUAAACCCAAAAGUUUAUAUUUGUCCCCAAAACAAACUUUUGCAUUUUGUUGCCACACAAGGCGUAUACUUUGUUUAUUGAUAGACCUAAUCGAAGGAGUGGAGCAUGGCGCAUCUAUUUGCAGUGAGUUCCGACCGACUGAUAACAUAACCUUUGAGUUAUUAUCGGUUUUGUCGAAAAAAGAAUGCCUACCACGCAGUCUGCAGAGGGCUGUACCUGCUGAUGCUCAGGUACCAUUCGUUAAUCAAUUGUUGGUGUUUCAAUACAUUGUUUAAAUGCA